CCAAUCCGGAUCAGGGUUGCAUUUGGCUCGGAAUAAGAGUUGUCAUGCCGCAUUCCUGGCUGUUAGUGCCAAUUGUGCUCGGCUGGUCUCGCGAUGCCCUUUCAGUAGAAGCAAACCGUAACCCAGAAAUGUGUGGGCGGAUGAGACACCUGCGGCGGCGCUCAAAUCUCCAGCACAGCCCCUAGAAUAGCACGAGCCAGGAGCAGAAACGCUGGCUCACGUGCAGAGAGGAUCCCCCACCCGUCUUUUGGGGGUAUCGUUUUCUGCCAUUGCUGGUGUCCUUUAAAUGGCAGCUUUCCACCGUGAAGAGAAUUUUCGUGCACCUCGCUUUUGGGUGUAUUUUCCUGGAUUAUCGUUUGGCGGAGGACUCGGCUCUUUCAUCCCCUCCCCCCUGUAGCUCUUUGCGUGCAGAUGCACUAGAGAAAGUUGAUGUGUAAAAAUCUCUUAAUGAAGAGAGGCUCCCGGAGAGCGGUUGAACAAUGGUUAUGAAACUGUAGGUUUUAUUUGCCCUUUUUCUGAUCUUUAGUUUCUGUGGUUCUGAUGCGGCAUGUCCUGAAUAAGGCCAGCAAUGAUGCUUUCAUCAUGGAGUCCCGGUUAGAAAUGGAUUCUGUGCUGAUGUGGAGACCAUAUGAACCUCUGAUUGGACCCCACCGUUUUCUGUUGUAUGAAGGAGGGUGCUUUGCUCCCGGAGAAUAACUUCUAUAGGCUGACGUGGCAACGAUGAGAUCCAACUUGGGCAUUAUGAAGAUUCUUAACUUGAAGAAGAGAGGCUGUUUUCUGCUGAAGCUUUUGUGUCUGGUUGUCUUGGUGUUAAUCUUUUGUGAAUUCUUAGUUUAUUAUGUGGUGAUAUUUCAGUGUCAUUGGCCAGAAGUUAAAAUAGAAGCUCACAGGAGCAGCAAACAGUCUUCGGCUUCUGUCUUGAAGGCCAUGUUUUUAUCUGAUACCCACCUGCUUGGCGAAAUCAAAGGGCAUUGGCUAGACAAAUUAAGAAGGGAAUGGCAAAUGGAGAGAGCCUUCCAAACUGCCUUGUCAUUACUGGAGCCAGAUAUUGUUUUCAUACUAGGAGACGUCUUUGAUGAAGGAAAAUGGAGCUUCUCCGAGGCCUGGGCAGAUGAUGUCAGGCGGUUUCAGAAAAUGUUCCGGCAUCCAGUUUGCACUGAGCUAAUGGUGGUUGUUGGCAACCAUGACAUUGGUUUUCACUAUGAAAUGACCACUUACAAGUUAAAACGGUUUGCAAAAGUUUUCAACUUCACCUCCGGAAAGCUAAUAACCCGGAAAGGGGUAAAUUUUGUCAUGGUGAACAGUGUUGCCCUGGAAGGUGAUGGGUGCACUGUCUGCAGCAGAGCAGAGGCAAAGCUCAUGAAGCUUUCUCAUAAACUGAAUUGCUCUCAACAGCAGGAACAGAAUCAUUCCAAGAAAAGAUGCAGUGAUGUGGAACAGCUUCCAGCUUCAGAACCAAUCCUUUUACAGCAUUACCCUCUUUACAGAAGAAAUGACGCUGAAUGUGCUGGGGAAGAUUCUGCUCUUCCAGAGGAAAAGAACAUCCCAUUUAAAGAAAAGUAUGAUGUACUUUCUAGAGAGGCUUCACAAAAGCUGUUAUGGUGGUUUCAUCCCCGUUUGAUUCUGAGUGGCCAUACCCACAGUGCAUGUGAAGUGUUGCAUAAUGGGAAGAUUCCAGAAAUCAGUGUCCCAUCGUUUAGUUGGAGGAACAGAAACAACCCUAGUUUCAUCAUGGGCAGCAUAACACCAACCGACUUCUCCCUCUACAAGUGUUUCCUUCCACUUGAGAGCAGAGUGGUCACUAUAUACUGUAUAGCAGGGGCUCUACUGGGGGUACUGAUACUAGCUCAUCUUCAACUUCUCAAUCCACCUUUUUAUUUUGCUCAGCACUUAAUCAGGAAGCAUAAAGCAGUAUGAAGAGCCAGACAUCUGCAUUCAGUUACUGAAAUACCAAAGCUGAGAACAGUCAAACAUCAGACUAUAUUCAUGCCAGCAAAUGACCUCAUUGGAUUGUUAAUCCGAAGGCAGGUCGCAUUUACACAUACCAUAGAAAUCCUACACAGUUGAUAUGACUACUACAGGAUAAAUAAUUAACUGAAAUGAACUGUUUUCAUGCUGUACAAAAAUACAGUAUUCUACAAUCAAAUGAGUCCAUUUCGUUGCUAUAAUUUUUGUAUCAAAUAUGUAUACUAAAAGUUUGUAACUGUA